AUUAUGGGAUGCGGCGGUGGAAUGGCGCUGGGCGCGUGAUUUUGAACAAACCCGGGUCUGUGUCUCGGAGGCGCCGCCGCCGCCGCGGCUGCGGGGAGGCCCGGGGCGGCGCGGCGCUGGCAGCGGGCGGCGGCGCCGCCGCGUCGGCACCUGAUCAACUUUCUAGCAGGAGAACGAUCAUGGAGGUGGUGCCCGCUGAGGUGAAUAGUUUGCUUCCAGAGGAGAUAAUGGACACUGGUAUAACUUUAGUGGAUGAUGAUAGUAUUGAGGCUGUUAUUGUUUCAUCCCCAAUUCCCAUGGAGACAGAACUGGAAGAAAUUGUCAACAUAAAUUCUACUGGUGACUCUACAGCCACGCCCAUUUCCACGGAGCCAAUCACAGUGUACAGUAACCACACUAACCAAGUUGCAGUGAAUACCACAAUUACUAAAGCAGAUUCUAAUACCACAGUGAAACCAGCUUUUCCAAGUGGCCUUCAAAAACUUGGUGCUCAGACUCCUGUGACUAUAUCAGCCAAUCAGAUUAUUUUAAACAAAGUAUCACAGACAUCUGACCUUAAACUUGGCAAUCAGACCCUUAAACCAGAUGGACAGAAGUUAAUUUUAACAACUUUGGGCAAGUCUGGUUCACCAAUUGUUUUAACACUACCCCAUAGCCAACUUCCCCAGGCUCAGAAAGUCACAGCUCAGGCCCAGUCAGGAGAUGCUAAGUUAGCACCGCAGCAGAUUAAAGUAGUGACCAUUGGAGGGAGGCCAGAGGUGAAGCCUGUCAUUGGUGUCUCAGCACUGACCCCAGGAAGCCAACUGAUUAAUACUACAACUCAGCCCUCUGUGUUACAGACCCAACAGUUAAAAACAGUGCAGAUUGCUAAGAAGCCUCGAACACCAACCUCUGGUCCAGUGAUCACGAAGCUGAUCUUUGCAAAACCAAUUAAUAGUAAAGCGGUUACAGGACAGACAACUCAAGUAUCACCACCAGUCAUUGCAGGUCGGGUUCUUUCCCAGUCUGCUCCUGGGACUCCGUCCAAGACCAUAACAAUCUCUGAAAGUGGUGUUAUUGGAUCGACUUUAAAUUCUACAACACAGACACCAAAUAAAAUAGCCAUCUCACCUUUGAAAUCACCGAAUAAGGCAGUGAAGUCCGCAGUCCAGACCAUCACUGUCGGAGGCGUGAGCACGUCGCAGUUCAAGACCAUCAUUCCUCUGGCCACUGCUCCCAACGUCCAGCAGAUCCAAGUGCCUGGAAGCAAGUUUCAUUAUGUCCGGCUUGUUACUGCCACGACAGCCAGUAGCUCCACCCAGCCCGUUAGUCAGAACCCCAGCACGAACACGCAGCCUCUCCAGCAAGAAGCGAAGCCCGUGGUGGUCAACGCCACUCCCGUGCGCAUGUCGGUGCCCAUCGUCUCCACGCAGACUGUCAAGCAGGUGGUCCCCAAGCCCAUCAACCCCGCGUCCCAGCUCGUCACCACCAGCCAGCCCCAGCAGCGCCUCAUCAUGCCCGCCACGCCCCUGCCGCAGAUCCAGCCCAACCUCACCAACCUGCCGCCGGGCACCGUGCUGGCCCCCGCGCCCGGGGCCGGGAACGUGGGCUACGCCGUGCUCCCCGCACAGUAUGUCACACAGCUGCAGCAGUCCUCCUACGUGUCCAUCGCCAGCAGCUCCAGCGUGGCGGGCGCGCCCGGCGUCCAGACCCAGGCACGGGUUCCGUUCAACGGCAUUAUCCCCUCAGAAUCUGCCAGCCGGCCAAGAAAACCCUGUAAUUGUACAAAAUCCCUUUGUUUGAAAUUAUAUUGUGACUGCUUUGCAAAUGGUGAAUUUUGUAACAAUUGCAAUUGUACAAAUUGUUAUAACAAUUUGGAACAUGAAAAUGAAAGGCAAAAGGCAAUAAAGGCAUGCCUUGACAGGAACCCAGAGGCUUUCAAGCCUAAGAUAGGCAAGGGAAAGGAGGGCGAGUCAGAUCGACGGCACAGCAAAGGGUGUAACUGCAAGCGGUCAGGAUGCCUGAAAAACUACUGUGAAUGCUACGAGGCAAAAAUCAUGUGCUCCUCAAUAUGCAAAUGCAUCGGCUGUAAGAACUUUGAAGAAAGCCCCGAGAGGAAGACUCUGAUGCACUUGGCCGACGCGGCCGAGGUGCGGGUGCAGCAGCAGACGGCCGCGAAGACCAAGCUGUCCUCGCAGAUCUCGGACUUGCUCACGAGGCCGGCGCCGGCUCUGAGUAGCGGCGGGGGGAAGUUGCCAUUUACGUUCGUAACUAAGGAAGUCGCCGAGGCCACCUGUAAUUGCCUUCUUGCCCAGGCCGAACAGGCAGACAAGAAGGGCAAAUCAAAAGCAGCAGCCGAGCGGAUGAUAAUUGAGGAAUUUGGCCGAUGUUUGAUGAGCGUCAUCAGCUCAGCAGGAAAAGCAAAAAGUGGCCCUUGUGCCAUGAAUUGCUGACUCUUGACAGAAGAGGAGUGAGGGCGGCACAGACGACUGGCAGAUGGAGUGGAAACCACGAGCCAGGGGGCACAGACAACUGUAGAUGGAGCCCACAGCGGCGUUAAGGUGGCACUGAAGACUGCUAGGUGGAGCCCACAGAGGCGUUAAGGUGCAGGGCACUGGAUCUGCCGGGAGAUAGCUUAGCAAUCACUGCAUUGUGAAGUCCAGCCGUGAGACCUGAAAUGAUAAUACGGAAAGAGAAGAAAUUUUAAACGUGGAAACGAGUACAUUUAAAGUCUUAGAUCUGCUUAAGCCCCUUCUAAAUUGGAAUUUGUGUGUGUGUAUUAUAGAUUUUUAAUUUGCGCGGGUUUCUUAAGAACUAGAUGUCCUACCUUUCUGAUUCUAUUGACAAAGAACAUUUAUAAAUUACUAUAAUAUAAUUUAUAAUGUAUGGUGUUGUAUGACUUUGUUCCAGUACAAAAAGUCAGGGAAGCAUUGGUAAUACUCAUUCAUUGGUACAUAAUCUAGAAUUUAAGCAGAUAGAAAAUCUACAUAAAUACUUGCAAAACAUCCUCAAAUGAUAAUAUGUGCUUCAAAAAAUACUUUUAAGAAAAAUCAACUUUUAUGGGUCUGCUCUGGAAUAAUACUGCUUUGUCACUGGGAACGUCAGGAGGGGAUAUAAUCUAUGGGGACACUUCAAAUUUUUAAAAAUAUUUUGUUCUUUUUUAAAAAAGUCUAUCAAAGAAAGUAAUUCUCAAAGGAUGAUCAAUGUGUUUAUAUAAUGAUGGUCUAAAACGUUCUGGGAUAUUUUAAUUUUUCAUGGAGGUGGUUUAUAUUUGAAAUGAUAAUAAAUGGUCAAAGUGAUUACUAGGUACUAUUAAAAGAAAGGGUACAUCUGUGUAGAAGUAAGUUGUUAAUAUGUAAUCAUACAGAAACCUAACAUCAUUAUCAGGUCUGCAGUUGGCUUGAAUGGAGAAACAAUAUUGAAGCUCUAAGAUAUGAAUUUUGGGAAGGAUUUUUCAUCUGUACAAGCAGGUCUUUAUAGGUUUUUUAUCUAAGAGAUUUCAAACCAAUAUGUGACUCAUGAGUUUUUGAAAUGGGCCUUCUAGCAAAGCUUUCAGAAUUGCCUUGGGAUUGAUUUCUUUUUAUAAGGGAAGCUUAGCAUGGCAUUUUUUGCCAGAGAUUUAAAUAGUAAGUGGAACGUAUGAGUGUUUUCAUAUUAUUACUAAAAUGAUCUAAAUCACUUUCAGGAAUUCAAAAGCUUUAUGAAAUUAAGAGCCCAUUAUACUAGGACUCUGGGUUUUGUGACAAAGAAAAAAAAACACGUUGGAAUUCAGGCAUUUUGUUAAGUACCUUAAUCCUCAGUAAUUAUUAGUAUAUGAUUAUCUCAUUUCCUACAAGGAAUUUAUAGUUGUAUGUAUUGUGUGUAUAUAUGUUCAUAUGAACAUGCAAGAUUUAGGCAAUAGAAAUGAAGUAUCCAAAAGAGGAUUCCGUUAUCAUUAAAGAAAGUAUCUUCCUUUGAAAUUUGGAUUUUUAAAACCAUUGUGCAGUAACUUUAAAUGUAGAUAGUGCAGACAUUCUUAGCAUUGCACUCUAGUGCGUUUAAAAUUUGUAUAAAUGUAAAUUAGUGUAAGAGGAUAAAAUAAUAUCUAAUCAAGUUAUUUUUCAAAAGAUUACAGUACCUUUUUGGUCUAAACCUAAACUUUGUUCAUUUUGUACAUAUUCUGUGUUUAAUUCUAAUUGCACCUUUGUGAUGUGUAUUUAUAUAUACAGUGUGCAGAAAAUGUUUGUGAAUCUGGAUUACAGUUGUAGAUUAUGUAUGAUGGCACUGCUUGAGAAUGUUUUGUUUGUAAAAAUUUGAAGGUGCAAUCAAAUGCUACUAGUUUUUCUGAUUUUCAAGAUGCUCUCUGAAGUAUUGACCCUUUUCCUUUCUGUGUUAAAAGGUCUAACAACUUUUUGUGUUUAGGCAUUUGCAUCAAGUUGCUGAACAAGAUUAAUAUUCACAUUAAUUCACCAAUUUCAGAAGACUUUUUGGGGAGGGCUGGGUAUAUAAUUUUUUAGCUCUAUUUACAUCCCAAAGUAGAAAGAUUAAAUUUAUAUUUACUAGAGCUAUUCAAAGAAAACACUUUUCUAUAUUGUAAAAUCAGGACAGCAAAGUAAAUCAUACAGAAAAUAAACAUUUAUACUAUUCUGUAAAAAAA